UCCCCUUCCUACCAGUCGCCUCCGUCAAUCUUUUACGAAUUCCCUUCGUCACAGCCCGUCGUGGUUCCACGCUGCGCUUCUGCCAAUCCCGACUCUGCUCGUUCCAGCUCACACCAUGCGUCCGGGGGCAGCAGCAUAAGUAACAGUUUCAUUGGUGGUACCACUUUUGGAGAGGCCUCGCCAACCUGCCACUCUCAUCAGGCGUGCUUCGGCCCUCCUCCUGGAGACAUUCGUUUUAUGCAUUCACCUCCAGGCCAGUCCCACCAGCUUGGAAACUACCGACUGCAACAACCUGCAGCCGGUGGCCACGAGACUUGCAACCUGUCUGCACCUACCUCACCGCGUUCUGGCUAUCGCUCCAGCUUCGGCCUCGGCCAACCCACUGCUCCUGUCCCCCGGAUGGCGAAUUUCCACACUUCAGCUGCCGGUGGCCCCCAUCUGGCCUCUGUUUCGAGCUCACGCACACGCGAUCAAACUGUUGUCAAAGAGGAGCAACUUCCUCGCAGAAAAUUGGUACAGGGCUGGCAUAGCACUGAUUACCGUUUUCCUCCCUUCUCAGCCAAUCAUAGCAGCUCUUCUGCUGCUGCCAUCACUACCGCUACUACCAAUACUACUUCAUUCCAAAGCAGUAGUGUUGAAGCUACGGCCACGGCAUCUAGUAGCAUCGCUUCGCCAGCCGUGUCUAAUUUUGUGGUGAUCGAGGAGAGCAUGAAAGCGUGUCCGAUUGAUGGUGAUCAGGAGGUCAGGACAGGAAUUUUCCCGAUUCAUACAGCCGGGGAAACUAUCUGUAUAUCGCAGUUGGUGAGAUUAAGAAUCUAUUUGAUGUUUUAUUUUUCUCCUUACUUUGAAACUCAAUGUGCCUUUCUACUCGAUUCACUUUGUGUCAUAAUUAGUAACAAUCCGAACAAGGGCAUAAGAUGA